AUGUCUGAAGCUGCGCGAUUCGGCUAUAAUCACUACCUACAAUAUCUAAUUGAAGAGCUACAUUUGGAUCCGAAUGUCAGUGCCAACGGUGACACUGCCGAUCUAUUGCAGAUAUCUUCGACAAACGCACAUUUUCACACUACAGUCUACUUGGCUGAAUUACCCGAUAGUCAUUGGAACUAUGCACUGGCUCUAUUGACUGCGCCUAUCGGUGGUAAUCUUGAGAUCGUCCAGUUUCUUUCGAAGCGUUUGGAUCAGUUGGAAGAAAAGACUUUGACCAUGUCUUCCGACUCGGCCAAUUCAACGGCAACAUCAUCGUCACUCUCCAACUAUGAAACGCUACCCAUGGAUGUUGCAGCAGAGUAUGGUUGGCUCGAUAUCGUUUGUUGGCUGCAUGAGAAUAGAAGUGAAGGUUGCUCAACAAAGGCAAUGGAUUACGCGGCAAUGAAUGGCCAUCUUGAUGUCGUCCGCUGGCUUCACAACUACAGAAGUGAAGGCUGUACCAAUUUAGCGAUGGAUCUUGCCGCUGAGAGUGGAUACCUCGAUGUUGUUCGUUAUUUGCAUGAGAAUCGUACUGAAGGAUGUAGUGCGGAAUGUUUUGAUUCCGUUAUAUCGUUUGGAAGGCUUGACGUCAUCAAGUGGCUUCACGAGAAUCGCACCGAGGGUUGUUCCACUUUUGGGAUGGCACGAGCCGCAUACCAUGGAAGGCUUGAUAUCAUAAAAUGGAUUCACGAGAAUCGCACAGAAGGCUCUAGUCAGCUGACCAUGGAUCUCGCUGCCUACAGCGGCCACCUGGAAGUCUUGAAAUGGUUGAACGAGAAUCGUACUGAAGGAUGCAGCAUCAGAGCACUUAUUAAUGCAAAUGAUAACAAACAUAAAGAUGUUGUCAGGUGGUUAAAGGCCAACAGAUCAGAAUUCAGAGAUUAUCAACAACAGCAACAAGAAGAACAACAACAACAACCACCAAAUAAAAUACAAAAUCAAUAG